UCGCAAGGACGGUCUUCAGCCUUCCUUGCCUUCUGGCUGUUGCCCUGGUCUCUCUGUGGAGACAUCUGCUGAGCAUGUGCCUCUUGGCCGCGCAAAAGAUGGCCCUGCAGAAGAAGGCGUUCUUGCAAGUCUUCUUGUUGCUCCCCCUGGCUCUUGCUGCUGUUUACUGCGGGACCUCGCUGCCAGGCCUGAAGCCCCUGAGGAACUGCCCGGUUUUAAUGGCGCAGCAAACUCAAAAGAUGCAGCUAAUGCUGGAGGAGGUGGCUCGGCUGAGGGCAGAGAUCAGCAGCGUGAAGCAGGAAGUCGAGGAAAUGAAGCAGGCAGCAUCUGAGAGGGCUUUGGAAGCCUACGUGGAGAUGUCUGACUGGGCCCUGCAAAGCUCUGGUGCCAGCAUUGACCUGCAGAGAACUUCGGAGACCUACACCUGCAAAAACGACUGGUUCUGGAGGUUUAUUGAGUUCUUUUGCACUCCCCGCAGUCCCGAUCGCAUUUUGCAGCCGGAUGUUUCCCCGGGAAACUGCUGGCCUUUCCCAGGGCAUCAGGGCCAGGUGGUCAUCAGGUUGCCAGCGCGAGUCCACCUGACUGCCAUCACUGUGCAGCACAUCUCCAAAGAAGUCUCUCCAUCUGGGACCGUCACCAGCGCCCCCAGGGACAUCGCUGUCUUUGGAGUGGAUGUGGACGGAGAAGAGGAAACUCUCCUGGUGACCUUCAUGUACGAUGUGGCAAAAGAGGCCAUUCAGACCUUCCCUCUGAAGAACGCCCCGCAUCCCAGAGCCUUCUCCUAUCUCAAACUCCUUGUGAAGAGCAACUGGGGAAACCCAAAGUACACAUGCAUUUACCGAGUGCAGGUUCAUGGGAAGAUGGCAAAACCAAACAGCCUCAACUGAAACCAGAGACAGAAAAAGGACAAACAUAAAAAAGAAGAAAAAGAAUAAUGUUGCUGCGACUCAGAUUGGUGUAGAAGAUUUGUCUCCUAAGUUGGGUGCACAAUAAGGUCCAUUGCAGGGAGGGCAGUCGUGGGAAAGCAACAGAAGAUCGGUGAGGAGGAUUGUUAAUACGCUCAAGUGACUCACAGCUGGGUGCUGGAAAACACAUAUAUCACACUAAUUGUUAUUCAGUCUCGGACGCUUGCAAGAAAAACACUUGCACUUCGAUAACAUAAACCUGUGAUGGACUCAGGGACACCUUAUCCAGCCACUUGAGAAUCCUGGCCUGGUGCUGAAGAAGAUCAAAGCACAGUGGGAAAACGAUGCCUGUUUGAACCCUUUAAAUGCCAGGCAGAACAGGGAGUCCGUGCGUGCUCUUGCUCACAAGGACUCUCUCGCUGCCAAGGGCUCUUGCUAACAAGGACUCUCUCUCACUCCACGGUGCCCGCAGUCCCUGCUUCCGUGCCUCUGCCCGGGUGUUGCUUCGGAGAUUCCCUGGUCUGUGAGGUAUCGAGAAGAAACUUGUUCUUUGCCUUUCAUCCGUGGUUUUGUGGUUGUUCCUGCGUCCUGCCCGCAUCGGCUCACACAGCGGGGUUACAACCAGGGACUGAGUCUGGUAAAUAGGUAAACGUAGCUCCUUGUGAAGAACAAACAGCGAAGAAUACCACAUCCCCGAAGAGACUGGAGGGACCGAUAACAAGCUCGCAAAAUAAAUGGGGGAGUUGCAAAAGCUGCUGCAUUUAUCUUCCCCAGUCCACACAAAGAGAUUCCUCUAUUAUCAGCUCAAACCAGCCACCGUACACCACUAGGAACCACCCAAGACCUACCAUGAAGCCCCUAACGGAGCUAAUGUGCAUGUGCCAAGGGGAUGUGAAUAUGGAGAUGAGUUCUGGAAAUGUAAUGAACGUGGCAAUGAGUGCUGAGACAUGUAACGACCACGCAUAUUCUGUAUGGAUGUAAGUCUCUGUGAAUCUCACAUUCAGUGGACAUGUCAGGUGGAGAGAUCCCCCACGUCCCCGGUGCUGAAUAAAAGAAUGCCUGCUUCUUAAGACUACAUCGGUGUUAAGAAGUUCAUUCCCGAUUUCGGUGACAGUUUCUGGCGACCCAGAUGGGACUCUGCCUCUGAAUCUCGACAGAUCCUUGGAAUUGCAGGGCCUCCAUCCGGCACCGAGGGAUUCUCAGGGAGAACCUCCGAUCCCCGGACCAAAGAGCUCCGAGCAAGGCCCCUGGAAAGGCAGACAGCUGUGUAAUGUCCUCAGUCCCUCCAGCUGCUAUACCAACAGCCCACCGAUACGCUUUCGGGUCUUUGAAAUACCCUCUCUUGAGCAAGUCUACGCCAAGGAUGCACGCAGCGUCUGGGCCACUCACAAUGGAGCGCUUCCGCCAUUUAUUCCCAGUUCGGCUCACUUUGGCCGAAGUACAGUCAGUUCUUGAGACCUGUCACACCAGAAUCAGCAACAGAUUUUGUCCCUUUAUGAGUCAAUGGCAAUAGGGUACACUGUGCACCGCUGUCCACCAUGUCUUUAUGCUUUUGUGGCUCUAAUACACGAGGACAUCGAAUCCACACAGCCCAAUAAACUCGGUUAUCCCUCUCCCCCUCCUGGCUGGAGGCAGGGCACCUCUAAUGUUGAGGACAACAUCUACAGUUAGCAGAUGAGUUCCGACCCGGACCAGAGAACUGCUCCCUGGGCACUGGAGCAGCCACCCUCCUGGAAGAAUUCUUUCUUCUAUCUGUUUUACCUUGCAACUAGUGCCUGUAGGGCCAAGGUAGGUCCUUCAUCCCACUUACUCAGGUCCUCUCCAUAGGCACCGAGGUAAAACCACAAGGUGUCUCGUAGUGUCUUCUUUUCCUUCCAAGUCGGUCUCGUAGGAGGGCAUCUUCUCCUAAUGGCUGCGACAUGGGUCCAUGCAGGGGAAAAGCGGGAUGUUUCUUCCAUCCUAGACAGUUUCUCAAACAGUG